AUGUACUCGAAUGGCUUAAAUUCGCAGCGCACAGUACCGUCUUCCACAGCAUAUUUUUCACUUGCAGCAAAUGUAAGGCUAAUGAAAUUACGAAGAAUUCUUAGUGGCAACGCAGACUGUGAAAGCACAUAAAUUGUAUCGCAAUAAGAUCCAAGAUAUUUGAAGGCGGUCUGCGAAAUAUCUGUGGUACAGAGAGCAUGGUACCUACCC